GCCAGACGUCGACACAGGACCACAUUCACACAGGAUCAGCUGCAAGAACUGGAGACCGCAUUCGCCAAGAGCCACUACCCUGAUAUUUAUGUUCGUGAGGAGUUGGCCAGGGUCACCAAGUUGAAUGAGGCUAGAAUUCAAGUGUGGUUCCAGAAUAGGAGAGCCAAAUACAGAAAACAAGAGAAA